AUGGCUCUUCGGACGGCAGCAUCCCUUUACCUGUGUUUCCUGCUUGUGGGAGUUAAUAGCUGGCAUGAUCUGGACAACACAGAGUACGACUGUUGGCCCAUCAAUGGUCCAAAUGAUUACAACAUGAUUAGCUGUGGUGGGCUGGAGAUGGCCUGGGUGCAGCGUCCUCCUGAGAAAGUAACCAAUGGGGAAGAGUUCAAUGUCUCAUACACGGUGACGGCCUCAGAUUCCUUCUAUGAGUACGCAGUCAGGAACAAGAUUUUCCAGUUCAGUAAUGCGUCAGAGGCAAAGAGAUUCUGUCAUGAACAUGAGUGCCCGACAAACUGGAACAACGCCAAUGAGCUGAACUGUUGCGUAUAUCACGCCAACAUCCACUCCUGUCCUCUUGGUCUCAUGAAACAAGGUGGAAUCUGUGGCCCGUGGAUUCCUGAUGAUGGUAAAAUAGUGACUCACACGGUCUCCAAAGCGGGCAAGAUAUCCCAGAAAUACUGGACUUCAAAGGUGGUGCUAAUCCAUGUGGGAGUCACCUCAGUCAUUGCUCAUAUCAAAAUUGGUCAGAUGCACGCAGCACUGGAAUCCAAAGUGCUUGUUGUCAGUGCUCAAGUGUGCGGGGAUGACGUCUGUGAGCUGGAGGAGAACUGUCUGAACUGUCCUGCAGACUGUGGCAUCUGUCCAAUGUCCAUUACGAUCAAGGUGGCCAUUGGACUUCCAGUCGCUCUCUUCAGCAGCGGCUUCAUCCUUACCAUGGUGUGGCUCCAGUACCAGAAACAGAAGAUGCUUUGGGAUGAGAGCUGGAUCAUCAACUACAAGAGCAUAAUAUUUGGUAGAGUGCGCUGCACGGGCAAUGGCAGCACCACCAGCCUGCAGCACAUCAAGAGUACGUCCACCAUCAGCCGAACUACCGAUGUGACUGUGUGUACUGGAGUCAACAACUCCUUCAACCGAGUCUUCAUCCAGCCAGGCAUCUAUGACGGGAGGGCGGUGGCAGUGAAACACAUCCAGAAUAAACAUUUCACACUCUCUAAAAUUAUCAGGAAGGAGGUGAAAGAAGUUAGACAACUGGACCAUCCCAAUCUAUGCAAGUUCAUCGGCGGUUCCAUUGAGGUCCCCUACGUCAGCAUCAUCACAGAGCACUGCCCCAAGGGAAGCCUGUCUGAUGUCCUGCUAAAUGACGACAUCCCCAUCAACUGGGGCUUCAGACUGUCCUUUGCCACCGACAUUGCCCGUGGGAUGUCAUACCUCCACCAGCACAAAAUGUUUCAUGGGAGACUUCACUCCAGAAACUGUGUUAUUGAUGACCGUUGGGUGUGCAAAAUCUCAGAUUACGGGCUCACAGCCUACAGGAGGGAGGACUUUGAGGCCGCCAGUAAUCGCUUCAAUUGUGGGGAUGUGAAUCGUAUAUACUGUGCUCCAGAGGUCCUGCUGGGAAGCAGCUCCACCAUGACGCCAGCAGCAGAUGUCUACAGCUACUCCAUGAUUCUCGUUGAGAUUGCAACUCGCUCUGACCUCAUUUCAGCUGAGGGAGUGAGGAUGGAUAUCAUGUGGCGCCCCCCUCUGCCUGAAGUCAAAGCAGGGAAGGCAGAUACCGACUGUCCCAGUCAAGCAGACUACAGUGAGCUUAUUAAGAAGUGCUGGUGCCAUAACAUCCCCAUGAGGCCCACGUUUGAGCAGGUGAAGAAGAUGCUUGACAAAAUGAACCCACACAAAGUCAGCCCUGUGGACAUGAUGAUGAACCUGAUGGAGAAGUACAGCAAACAUCUGGAGGCCAUAGUUGCUGAGAGAACACAGGACCUUCUUCAAGAGAAACAGAAAACGGAUCGACUGUUAUACAGUAUGCUACCUAGACGAGUGGCUGAUGACCUUCGUCAAGGUCGAACAGCAGAGGCUCAGAGCUACUCCAAUGCCACCGUCUACUUCAGUGACAUUGUCGGCUUCACUCAGCUGUCUGGCUCCAGCACCCCCCACCAGGUUGUGGACUUCCUCAACCAGCUCUACACCACCUUUGAUGACAUUAUUGACAAUUACGACGUCUACAAAGUGGAGACAAUAGGCGAUGCUUACAUGGUGGUCUCUGGGGUCCCUCAAGAAAAUGGCAUCAAUCAUGCUGGAGAGAUUGCCAGCAUGGCUCUUGAUCUGGUCAGUGUUUGCCACACAUUCAAGAUCCCUCACAAACCCAACACACAGCUGAAGAUGCGCGCCGGCAUCCAUUCAGGACCUGUUGUGGCUGGUGUGGUUGGCACCAAAAUGCCUCGCUACUGCCUGUUCGGGGACACUGUCAACACGUCAUCACGCAUGGAAUCAACAAGCGAGGCUCUGAAGAUCCAAGUGAGUGAUACCACAGCGGACCUGCUUCACACACUGAAAGGUUACGUUCUGACAUGCAGAGGAACACUUAAUGUUAAGGGAAAAGGGGAGAUGAAAACAUGGUGGCUUGAAGCAAAGAGAGACGAUUACACAGACCCACUGCUCAGACCGCCUGAAUCCAGAGUCCCAGUGCCAGUUAGUAACUAG